AUGCAGCAAUGUGGCACUGGCAGCGGAAGCAGCAUCAAAACGCUCACUGGUGUCAGCAGAGCCAGAGGCCAAAGGGCGCCUCUGACUCACUGUGCCACCUGCGCUCCUCUCACUCCCUCCUCCCCUCCCUCCCUCACCCUUCCACGUCUCCUACACCCCACACCCCCUCCCCCGCCCCUGGUCCACCCCACAGGAAGCCGAGGUGGCAUUAGCAGAAGAAGCAGCAUCAACACGCUCAUUAGCAUCAGCGCAGGCUACGGGGCGAGUGCUGUGCCACAUGCGCUGCAGCGACGCCACACCAGGCCUCAUGGGGAAGACCUUUCUCUCCCUCAUCUCCAACAAGGCCGGAAAGGGAAUAGCAAGGGAGGUGCAGCUGCUGCUGGGGCAGACGCCGGACCUGCAGGUUCGGGAGCAGGCUCCGGUUCGCGAGCUUCUGGUCCGGUGCUGCCGCCGCACAAGUUCACUCCGCACGACGUGGUGGCGAUACGGGCGAACAAGGCGGAGGGGGCGCAGGCGGCGAUAGCCCAGGGGGUGGUGUACCGUGUGAGGGAGGGCUUGGAUGCAACCGUGCGGAUCGAGAAGGUGGCCAACGAUGUCACGUACAAGUGCAGGUGCUAA